AUGCCUAAAUCACAGAAUGGAACGGGGUCUGAUCUUCCGGACACUUUGCAAUUCAAAAUAAGCAACUUCGCAACUGCAAAUAAUCAAAGUCUUGCCAUUCAACGAGCUGAGGCAGACACUAGAUCGAUAUUUGUCAGGGGACUUAGCCCUGAAACAGGACCUGAAGUGAUUGAGGAUCAUUUCAAAGCAUGCGGGCCUAUAUCUAGAAUUACACUAUUUAGUCAAAAGCGGAAACGCAAUACAAUUGGUUAUGCGUAUAUUGAAUUUGAAGCGGUACAGGGGAGAGCUAACGCGUUGGAUUUGAAUAAUUCUAUACUCAAUGGAUACUCUAUAACCGUGAAAAAAAAGAGAACGAAUGUUAAGUCAAAUGAUCGGAAAGAAUUACAACAGGGAUAA